CAGGCAUUUCACUGCAAUCCUUCUCCUGCUGCAGAUGAGACUUCCGCUUCGCUCCUUUUGCAUCUUCAGUAGUUUUUUUUGUCGGAGUCGAACAGCAGCAGCUCAGAGGCGAGGCCUGAGUGGAGCAGCGAUGCGUCUGGUGCAGUUUCGCCGUCACAGCGAUGGAGAUGGCGUCAGGGUGGGAGUGGAGCAAGGCGAGGGGCUCGGCGUGGUGGAUCUGAAGGCGUUCGACCCCUCCAUGCCUUCCACAGUGCGAGAGCUGCUGGAGCUGGGAGACAAAGGUCUAGAGUGUGCACAGAGAGCCUUGGAGUCCGGUCAGUGUCUGGUGGACAGAUCAACCAUCCAGCUGCUGUCUCCUAUUCUGGCCCCAGAGAAGGUGGUGUGUGUGGGUAUGAACUAUAAGGACCACUGUCUGGAGCAAAAUGCCCCCAUCCCAAAUGAACCGAUCAUCUUCAGCAAGUUUCCCAGCGCCAUCACGGGCCCGUACCAUGACAUUAUGCUGCCUCCAGAGAGCCAGGAGGUGGACUGGGAGGUGGAGCUGGCCUUUGUAAUCGGACGAAGAGGAAAACUCAUCAAGGAGGAAGACGCUCUCUCCCACGUGGCCGGGUUCACCGUGGCCAACGACGUCAGCGCGCGUGACUGGCAGAUGAAGCGCAACGGGAAGCAGUGGCUGCUGUCGAAAACAUUCGACAGCUUCUGCCCUCUCGGACCUGCUUUAGUAACAACUGACGCUGUGAAAGACCCUCACAACCUGGGCAUCCGCUGUCUUGUUAACGGAGAGACCGUCCAGAGCAGCAACACGGACCAGAUGAUCUUCAAGACGGCAGCGCUGAUCGCGUGGGUCUCAAAGUUUGUGACUUUAACUCCAGGAGAUGUUUUCCUGACCGGUACUCCUCCAGGUGUGGGCGUUUUCAGAAAUCCUCCCAUCUUUCUCAAGAGAGGAGACGUGGUGGAGUGUCAGAUCGACCAGUUGGGCUCCAUCAUCAACAAAGUCGUUUGAAGCCCAAAACGACGACAUCAGCUCUUUGAUAAACUGCGUUUCUGUCCUCUCAAUGAUCAAAACCAGCCGGGAUAAUACAAACGCCCACAUGUUGGUUGUUGUUUUAUUUAGACGACCAAUGAGGAGGAAAACGUGGUAUUUUUACUACAUGGAACUAUGUAAUUAGUGACUCAACCUACUGACUCAGAGAGCGCAUCCAUCAGCAGCCACCCCCUCGUUCAACACAAGCCUUGAACUUCUCAGCUUAUCGUAGCACACAUUAAUAAAACGUAAUUCCAGUCAGCUUUUUAUUAUAUUUUUUACUAACUUGGGGGAUUAUUCUCAUAUAAAGACAGACGAUUGCUCGUAAUGAAAGGAUUAGAUAAAGAAAAUUAUACUGCCUGAGGGAAAUUUCUUACUUUGAAUUAUGAUUUUAUAUUAGCAAAAAACCACAGAAGCCUUAUUUUUAGUGAAAAAGUCCAGUAAUAAUUGUAUCUGUACGGUGUUUCAGAAAUGUGAAGAGGCGAACUUUAAUAUUUAGGUCUGACCAUUAAAUCUCCAGGGAUGUAUAAAAAAGAUAAGACGCAGGAUUGGGUGGCAGUAAAAGGAACAGAUUUAAGCAACAAUUAUUGAAAAUGUAAUAAAAACGAGGUUCGUUACCGACACAACGUUAAAUGAUCCUCAAGGCAGAAUUAUUAGA